ACUGAUUUAGGAACUGGAUUUUUCGAAGAACCCCAAGGAAUAUUCGAAGCAUCGUCCACGAAUUGCCUCCCACUUACGGCUUUUUUUUCGUCGAAGUCGUGUUGAUUCUUCGCUUAACGAUCUGAUGGCCGAUCUGAAUCUCUCUACGGAAUGCUGUUUCACUCUGUGGAUUACUUUACUGAACAUUUAUCCUCAUAUUGCAGGUCGCUGUUUGCUGUUCAAACAAGAUCUGUAGGUUGUUCCUACAAGUGUACGUCGUUUUCCAUCUCCACGGUUUUGCGUGGUCUAUUUCCUAGAUUGAAGCUUACAAAAUGGACGAAAGGCGGGAAGACACCGCUCAAAGGUUCUGAACUUCAUGUAUAUCGUUAUUCAAUGUUGCAGUGUUGUUUAAAGUGUUUAAGUGUAUAUGAAAGUACAGUAACAAUAAUGUUGAUUUUCUGCCACUAUCACAUUGAGCAUUGCCGAUUAAAGAUUCUCGCCCAGAUUACUCUCUGUGGUCAACAUAAACCCGAGUAUAAAAUAGUUGUUUUAGAAAGGAUUUGAUGUUUCUAAAUGUUCUGCAAAGUGAGUUUGGAAACCCCAAUCACAGUCAUGCAAUCUCCAGAGAGCACAACAUACCGUAUUUGUAAGGUUUACUUAUGGCCUAUCUGGAAUCACAUCAAGUUACAGCAGAGAAAUUAACCAAAAAGCAUUCUGGUAGAAUCCAUCAUCAAUUCGUUUUAAGCAAGUCUUAAAAGGUAAAUAUGCCAAAGUCACAGGUCAUUCCGUUAUUCCUGAGGUGAGUAAGGUCAAUAAAUCAGUGUUUUUUCAGUGAUACUCAUUCCUUCCAUCCUUGGUUUGAAACACUGAUGUAGGAUUAAAGAUGACACAAGUGAUCUGCGGCGAAGCUCAGAUUACAGAAGCAGUUACCAAGAUCAGGAUGGGAGAGACCGUGAUCUCGAACGCAACAUUGGUCGUGAGCUGAGCCGUUUUAGGGAUGGUCGGUCUGAUACAAGAGAGGACCGGCGGAGAAGUCCAGAUUCAAGGCACAGGGCUGGACCAGAUCCAUUUGGUCGUGACAGAGAUUAUUACAAGGAAAGGGAGCGUAGCAAAGAAUCAACAAAAAGUCGAGAUAAUGGUUAUGAUAAGACCAGUUACAGCAGAGAUCGAGACAGAGAUAGGCACAGGUCUCGUGAUACUGAUCGGUAUGAACGUGAUGGACAGGAUCGAUACAGAGAUCGUUAUGAUGAUGAUUACGAUAAAGAAUAUAACAGAGACAGGGAUUAUAAAAGGUCACGUGACAGAGACAGAGACUAUGAUAAGGCUAGAGAUCGCGACAGAGGAUAUGACAGGGAUCGGGACUGGGACUACAGCAACAAGGAAAGAGCAGGAUACAGCAGAGACUGGAGUCGGCAGAGAGGGGAUUCAGAAGAUUAUAACAGUGAUGAAGUUGUACACACUUUCCUUGUCUUUUAUGCAUGAUAUUUCAAAUUCUGAUAUAAAUAACCACUAUGAUUUACACAGAAAAGACACAACUGAACAAGAAUCUUGUGUGCAUUUUGCUUUCUAACUACUGUAAUAGCACCAAAGAUAUGAACAGAAUGGUGAAUGAUUAUAGCAAUUAGUGUUACUUCUGUUAUUGUAAAAGUAUUUUUUGUUUUUUCUUUUUUUAUUGAGCUGUGCAGCUAGCAUAACACCUUUCGAUUAAGAAAACAUUUUGUUUUUCAGAAUUAAUGGCAAUUCAAAUUUCUUUUGCUAAACAACUGGAAACAAAGUUUUAUAUCUUCUGUUCUUCUGUGAUACAACUCUUCUUAGGUCUUGCAUGAGAAUUCAAGCAAAAUAAAAUUAAUGUUUACGGUAUUUUCUAACUUUCAACUGAAUAAUCAACAUUAUUUACAAACAGCAUGAGCUCAGUGAUCGUGAUAGAGACUGGCAAGACAGGGAGUAUUCUCGUAGCAGGUACUCACGACGUGAUAGAGAUGAUGAUGACAGAAAGUGGCAGGACAGUCGUCAGGAUGAGCCCACUUCUGUGGUUAUAUUACAUGGAUUGGAUAAAGACUUUAAGGAGGAGGAUGUGAGUAUGGCGGCACGCUGUGAGAAGUCAUAAAAAAGAGUAUUUAGUGACCAUGCAAGAUAAACACAUACAUGCAUUUUGUGUGUAGUUAAGCUGAGUGUAAUUCUACUUGUGUGUUUUUUCUGCAUACCAGUAAAUCCACCACACUUCUUGCUUUUUAUAUGCAUGUUAGUGCUGCAGUGUCCAUAGCUUGUAUAUCAAUGUUGGGUUAAUGGGACAUUCUUAGGUUAUCAUAACUUGAAUCCCCAUAACCUUUACAUCUUGAUUAACACGCUGAAUGUUGUAACCCACCUGUGUUUUCCUGCAGAUGAUGGAAGCAUUACAGAGAGACGGUACAGAAUAUUUAGAUCUGAGAAUUGUUCGCCACAGAACAGGUAAAUCUACAUAAGAGAUCUAGUUUCUGUUAAUUACCAGUACUUACAGUACUUAAUGUUCCAGUACAUGAAGUCUUGUGUUCUCUGUUUUGGAACAAAAUAGAGACUUGCAUGUUAACUGUAUUAUUUGAUUUUAUUAACUACAUGUACAUGUGCAAUAUAGGUAUUUCAAGAGGAUUUGGGUUUUUGGAGUUCAAAAGUGUUUCUGAGGCUCAAGAUUGGAUGGACAAGCACAGGGUAUAUUAUGUUCCUACAAGUAAUUGUGGAUGAAAUAAGAAAAAUAAUAAAUGAAUAAUGAUUUAGUGAUAGAAUAUUUCAUAUAGUGUUUAUUUACCUACCAUUCCGGAUCCAUUUGGAAUUUAAAAAUGUUGUUUGCUGGUAAACUAGAGUACAGAGUUAUACCUGGAAAGAAACCUUGUGGAGCAAGGUCAAAGGCAUUAACAUGGCCUUGCCUCUAGGAUUUGAACCCAAGCCACUUUGGUGGAAGGUAAAUGCUCUCAGCUUGGCACCACCAUUGUCUACUUGAUGAGCUUGACAUGGAAAAUUUAUCUAACGGUGUCCUUAAUCUUGCAUUAAGUUCUGAAUCUUUUUACGAUUGACACCAUAAAGUAAGUCACAUUACUUUUUUUAGGGUCGUUAUUAUGUGCAUGGACACACAGUCUGUGCUGAUUACAGUAGACGCAAGAGUAAUGCAAAGACCAUUGAAAAGGACUGGAUUUGUAGCAAGGUACAUGUUAUAAGUUUUCCGUAAUACUAAAUUUCUGUACCUUCCAUAAUGCCAUGGAAAUGUUUCUUUUUGAUAGCAUUAAACCCAUGACAAGUCUUCACAACAUUAUUUUUACUCUUUCUGUGUCAUAGUGUGGUGGCCAAAAUUUUUCCUCAAAGAUGCGUCUUUCCUGUUUCAAGUGCGGAGCACCAAAAGAGGUUUCAGGUCAGUCUGAGGUCUUACAAUGCCAUCAAUGAUUAUUGUUGAAAGAGCAAGUUCACUGAGCUUUGCUGGAUACCUGACAAGGAGUUAUUAGCAGGUGGAAAUAUGGGAACUAGCAAAUUAAAAGGCGAUGUCAGUGUUUUAGGGAAAGAGUUAAGACAUCAUCUUCAUAGUUUGAAAAACUAUUAAGAUUGGUCUGUUUGUUUGUUCUUUUUUAGAUUUAGUAGAUGACAAAGAGAUUUUGAGUAACCCAUGCAAAGGUUUGUCCUUUUUAUGCUGCCGUCUUGGUAGUUUGCUGUAAAUUAAUGGUGUCAGGGAAUCUUAAGGAUUUUAAUUGUCCUUUGGAUGCUUUUACAGUAGUUAUUUUUAUUACUACAAUGUAUACACUGUAGUUGUAAUUCUUGACCUUUUAUUUCAUCAGUGUUGAUUCUAAAAGGCCUGGACACGUUAACUCAUGAUGAAUCAGUAAGAUGUUUUUCAUUUGAUUCAGACAUUCAGUUGCUAAAAUGAAAAGAUUAAAUGCACGAGUUCACACUUCAUGAUAUACAUGUGACAUUGCUGUUAUUUAUUGUAUGUUAUAUGGCAGUUGUGUAGAAAUGCUCAAGGAAUAGUGGAAAUUAUAGGAACUAAAUUACCAUAUAACACAUGUAUCGUUAAGCAGACCCCAAAAUGUACCUACCGUAUUUAUUCGAAUAAGCGCCCAUCCUAAAGGCAGAAAAAGUUAAUAAGCGCCCAGCCUCGAAUAAGCGCCCACCCCCUCUUCCUCCCAAUCAAACUCAAAUAAGCGCUCACCCCCACCCCAUCCACUUGAGUGAAUAAAUUCUAAUAAGAGACUUCCCCGAGGACGGAGUUUUCUUCAGAGUAUUUUACAGAAAGCUUGCCUUGUUACUUCUUCGCGUUUUGUUAUUAGCAUUCAUUGUUUUGUUGCAAAAUAAACAUACUUCACUUGCUGGAAAUGGUGAAAAUUUAAUAAGCGCCCAGCCUCGAAUAAGCACCCACCUCGAAUAAGCGCCCACUCUCAAGGUCCAAAAAUUUAAUAAGCGCCCAGGGCAGUUAAUCGAAUAAAUACGGUAUAAGUGUAAUAUAAAUUUCCUGUUGAUAAAGUGCAAUUCCAUAGUUUCAGCUCUAUUAUAUCUUAUACCAGGAGGGAGCCAUUCACAACAUAAGCAAAGUUACUGACAAGACAUUAAUACUAAGAAUAAUGUAUUUUAUGUAAUUAUAUAUAAUCCAUUGAAAAGAUUUUUUAUACAAUAUUUUAAUUAUUGCAUUAGCAUACAACAUCACAAAGAUUUUAUCGGUGUAAAAUUUGUAUAAUUACCGCCUAAAUACAUGUACUAUGUACCUUGCAGUGACAUAAGUUCACUAAUCUAAGUCUAUUUUGAAAUAUUGAUUUAUUUUUCCUUAAUUUUUUGUGACAUUGUUGUUAUGUAUUAGAUUCGAAAGGCCCUUGUGGAGAUAACAGCUCUUCCAGUCUAUGAUGUUCGGUUGAUAAGAGAUAAACUUACCAAUACAUCAAGAGGAUUUUGUUUUGUGGAGCUUGGUUCAGUUGAGGUAAACAUGAAACUAUAAAAUUAUUCCAAAAUGUCAUUUUGUUAAGGACUCCUGAAAUCAGUGGAUUAUAAGGGACAUAAAAAAUCCGUCUUUCAAAACCACACUAAAACAUUAAUAUGCUUUGAUCUUCCAGGAAGCAAGUCAAUUACUAGAGAUCAUCAGCAACAUGCAUUUUACUAUUGAUGGGAGAAUUGUUACUGCAUCUUAUGCAAAACAUGAUAAUCCACCUAAACAAAACAGGUAAAUGACAUCCAUAAUAAUAAUAAUUAAUAAUUAACUACUGCUGAAGUUAUUGAUAUGGUCAUUUAAUCCUUUUUGCUUUAUGUGAUCAUGACUGAAUAUGUUAUGGAAGCUGGCAAGGACUCCAUAAUAAUAAAAAUAAUAAAUAAUAAAAUAUUUAUAUAGCGCUUAUACUUUUCAGUGCUAAGACUCCAUUUUAUGAGACAGUGAACAUUUCAUCCUUCCUAUUUUUGUCAUUCUUCUUCAUAAUUAUCACAAAGCGGACAUGUUAUUUGAGUCAAGCUGCAUGUGUUUAUCAAGUUCUAUGAUUUCUGCUUUCAGUGCUACAGCAGCUACUGCUGCCAUAGAACAAGCACAGUGGUCACAAAAACCCACUACAUCACAGGCUCAACAACCAUCCAGUGUCGCAGCCAAUGCUAUGGCUCAAGCACAAGCUGCAGGUACCAUGGGAACAGUAACAGCCGACUCCCAUGAUGCUGCUUCCUAUCAACAGUUGGUCAGUUUUUAAUUAUUGCUAUUUAUGUCAGAUCAGUGUUACCUUCAUUUUUAAGAGAAUCCCUUCACUUCUCUUUUCGGACCCAUUGAUAGAUCUCCAGCUGCAUCUGGGCUGUUUCUUAGGAAGAUUUAAUAUAUAGGUUGUCAGUAUGUUAAUGACUGGAUCUGAGAGUUCUUAACUACGCCGAUUGCAAAAGCUAGGGAUUGAAUUUUUUUUGGUGACUGUUCCCACACUCCAAUAUAUAAAAUAAUCUGUCACUGUUUUUUUUCUGGAGGAGUUUGAACCAUUCACCUUACAUUGUAAUUUGUUUUAUUUUCUGUCCAGUAUCAACAGCAGGUCACAGCUCAGGCUAAUAAAGGUAAACUAACAAUAAUGACUGAUUGAUUGUUGGGGCUAACCCUAACCCUAACCCUAACCUUCUCCUCUACCAUACACCUUUUCUUCUUACCAUAUGUACAGGAAGGCCUUCCAAUCCAAUAUAUGUACCUGUAGAAAAAGGAAACCUUUCACCCAAGCCGUUCCAAAGUGUGAAGAUAAGAAUUUGGUGGAAAUAAAAAUCAAAGUUAAAAGGGAAAAAAAUAUAUUUAUUUUUUUCUUCUCCAUAGAUCUAAUGUUAUUUUUAAUACAUUACAUUGUUUCUCUUUGUUUCAAAUUCAUAUCAAUAACUAACAAUAUUCAUAUUAUUUGUAUUACAGUAAAAUAAUGUCCUUAUCCUCUGUGAUUCUUCUGUGAUGAUUAUUUUCUAUUUUUCUUUUGUUGUAGUUGUAAAACCUGCAUUUCAGUAUUUAUUGAAAUUCAAAUAAUAGAUAAAUAUAAUUCUCAUCUUUUUUCCAGUCGUGUCAGGCACAGAGAAUACAGCUGUUCAAGACCAAGGUAGUUAUUUAUCAUAUAAUUGAAUGAAAAAUGCACACAGUGCUGCUGAUAAGAAUUAGGUUUAAGAUUAUUGUUAAGUUACUGAGACUCUUCUUUCCUCUUUAACAACUUGUAGCUACCACAUCACAGUAUCAACAACAACCUGUGCAGACUCAGCCCAGUGCAACAGUAACACAACAGUCUUUAUCAAACUAUGUUUAUGAUCCAUCAACUGGCUAUUACUUUGACUCAACUACUGGUUUAUAUUACGAUGCAAAUACCCAGGUAUGUGAACAGUAAAACUGACUCUUUUGCAAAGGUUUGCUUAUGAAUAAAACAUUAUUUUCUGCAUCAGUUUCUGAGGAUUAUGAUGUAUUAUUUGUUAAAAAUUCUUAAGUGACGAGGUUGUCCUUAAUCCUUGUAAUCCUAAAAUUUGUCUGAUGCAAGAAAGAAUGUUAACGUAGGUUAAUUUAUUGAUAUUAAAAUUGGAAUUGGAAUUUAAUGAAAUUAAGAUGUGUGUUAUUACCAACUGGGUUUGUUUUUGUUGUUUUGCGUUCAAGGGUUAAACCCUUCUGAAGAUCCUGUCUGUUGUGUUUUUAUGUUUUGAUUAAUUUGGAUUUUUUGUUUGUCAUCAUUUGAGUGGGGUGCUUUUAAACCAGCUGGAGCAGGUACAGUGUAAAUGUUAAACAAAUCGACAACAAUUUUCCAUGGUCUGUACUCUUAUUGACCAUAGAAAUGGCAUUAAAACCCAAAACUCAUAUGGAACCACAAGCCACAGGUGAGUGGUUUCACUGCAAAGUUUUGAACAUUUUGACGUCAUGUUGUCGAUUUGUUUUUUACGAUAACAUGGACAGUUUUGACACCCAUUUCCAUUGAGAGAAAAGCAAAUUGCACCUGCACCAUCAUGUCAUUUACAUGGUCUGUACUCGUAUGGAACAUAGCUCUCGACCAAUCAGUGCACGAAAAAUCUUUCAGUUAUUGUAACAAACUAUCCAUAAUAUUUACAUUGCUUUUACAGUAUUACUAUAACAGUGCUACAGGUCAGUUUCUCUAUUGGAAUGCAGAAACACAGCAGUACAUUCCAGUGGCAGCUGAUGGGUGAGUGAAGCUUUGUUUAGCCAUGGAUGUUAAUUUCAAGAUUCCAGAUUCAUUCAAGUAAACUGUCAAGCAUGCCUCAGGUUUCAGAAGUGCAGUUAAAGGAGAUAAUCAGCCAGCAAGCAAUAGUGUGUUUGUUUUCCUUCUUAUUUUGAGCAACUUAGUUGAAGAGUAAUGAGGGAAAUCAAUAUAAUUAUUGAUCUUACCAUGGAGGUAUCCAAAAUUAUGCCAUUUAGAGUUGUGAGGGCUUUUUUUGCAACAUUUUGUCCUGGCUUUACAGGUACUGCAUAGAGUGUAAGGUUAAUUUACUAAAAUCGUGAUAUUGACCUAAUUCCAAAGACUUGUUGCCAUUUUUUUUCAAGAGUUUUUCAAAAGUACAACUAAUAAUUAAUUAAUUUCAAUUCUUCAUGACCUGAAGUAAAUGGAAUUGCACAAAAGACAGUGACUCAACUUUUCCAGUGAACUUGCAAAUCACAUCAAUAUUAUUAUUGUACCUACACAUAUACACAGUUGAUGACGUCUUGGUAGUGUAUAACAUUCUUUUUUAAAUUCUUUACUAUUUUUAGGACCUUAGCCCAUUCCACGUCAUCAAACUCCACACCAGCUGAAAACGCUGCAAACAGUGAUCCAACAACAAAAGGUACUGUAUGUAUGUUUGUUUAUGGUGGCAGUGUAACUUACCUCAUAUGACUACAGUGUAAGUUUCAGUAUUAUUUAACAGGCAUAUUUCAUUUUGCAGAAAAACAGAAGAAAGCAAAGUCGCUACAAGCAAAAAAGGUUUGUGUGUUUAAAUGAGUCUGUAAUUUCAAAAUAAUAUUUUGUAUUGGCAACAACAUUUCACAAGAAUGGUAACACCAUAGGAUUCCAUUCAAAUUCCAGUCAUUCAGGGUUUUUUUUUCAUACAAGCACAGAUAAUAUAAAACAAAAGACACAAAGCACCAAACAAUACAGUCCUAUUGGGAGUUUUGUACAGUGGAAGCUCAGAUCUUAAAGGACACUCUUGUAUGCUGACAGCUCUACUUAGUGCCGCCUUCACAAAACCCCAAUCCGACUCACAUACAAACUCUGUAUUUUUACAUUCCCAUAUGUGGCCAUGGACACUUUUGGGGUUUACGAGAUAGAAUAAUAAACUGAUUUCCGCUUUGUUUUUAAGAUCCCAUAAGCAGAAAUAAAAUCUUAUUUGCCUCUAAAUAUAUCAACUUCAUAUAUCACUGUUCGUACAGUGUAUAUUAGUUGCAAGGUUUGCUUUUUCUUUUCACAUUCCCUUCACAUACCGCUUGAAUUUUAUGCUUGUGGCUGAAUUACAGCAUUGUCAAUUGGAAACAACAGUAUACCCUGCAUAUACUCAAACACUAACAAACCGUUAAAAAAUUUAUUUAUUUUUGCAUUUCUAAUGAUUAUUUGUAGUUGGGAAAGCUGUCAUAAGUGGCCAUUUAACCCUUACAUCUCCAGUAGCCACUUAGAGAACCAUUCUCAUAAGCAGCCAGCUCCAGUAAUGGAUACCUUUUUCACGCCCCUAGGGUGUCGCCUUGUAAGAGCCUCCACUGUAGUUCCUGUUAUUUGUGGGUUUUGGUUUGCAUUAUGAUAAUCUGUGCUGGUACAUUCAAAAUGUACGAAGAAUUAAAAGGUUGCAAGACAUUCUAUGUCUGACUCUUAUACUAAAGGGCCAGACUCAAAGAAAUUGAACUGUAAGUUUAAAAUUAGCCUGCAAAUACAGAUUUCAUUGUCUCUUUUCCCACCCAAGAAGUGACAAAGAAAAAUACCUCUGCAUUUGCUGGCUAGUUUGAACUGAACUUGACAUUGUUUUCUUAAGAUUGCAAAAGACAUGGAAAGAUGGGCCAAGUCUGUGAAUGCUGCCAAGACUCAGAGUGAUGAUGUUAAAAAAGGGACAACUACUUCAUCACCAUCUGAACAAAUGAAAAGUGUUGAUACAGAUAUCUUCAAAGUGGUAAGAUACAGUUUCCUCUUUAGGCAAAGAACAUGUACUUUUACUUAGAAAUUCUCUUUCAAAAAUUAAUGUUGUCUUGUUUUGUUUAAUUUUGCAGCCAUUUGGAGUACCCCCCAAAUCAUCGUCAACAUCACUCACAAUCGCCAAGAGCAUUGCAGCUGGAUUUACUCAAGAAAUUAGUGAUAAUGUAGCAGCGUCUAGUCCUCUUGCAGCUCUUAGUAUGAAACAGGAGAUCAAGAUUACAGGUAAAACUAGUAAUAACAAUGUAAAUCUUGGAACAGGGCUCUGUAAUAAGAGACAAGUUAAAUCAGUGUUUCUUGACUGAAGCCAAUCUCGCAGAAACUGCUUGAUCUCACCUGGAGAAAACCCUUCAAACAUACGCCUGCAUAGACAAAAAAAAAAUCGGAUUAUGUUUCUCAGAGUUGUUUAUAUCCAUGGAAAAAUUCCUGAAACGUGUUCUUUUUUUUUCAGAUCCUACAAGGGGUGGGAUAGUAGCUGAAUAUGGUGAAGAUGAUUCCGAUCCAGAAGAGGAACUCAAUGACAAAUUUACUGACUUGAGUAUCAUGGCGUGUUUAUUGUGUAAACGACAGUUUCCUAACAAGGAAGCUCUAGAAAGGCAUCAGAAAUUAUCCGAUUUACACAAGGUAAUUAAUGAAGGUGUGGUUAACUCUUCAGUAUACUCUGUGUUGAAGAUUUAUUUUUAAGAAACCGGUUUCGGUAUUUGUGUUCUUUGGUGUGCAGUUAGUCUCUCACGUGUGCAGCCGUUUUUGUCUUAUCACGUAACAGUAACUUCUUCCCAUCCUUCUAGAGGAUGAGUGUUACGUGACCAUGAAACAAAAACGGCUGCACACGUCAUCAUCAUCAUCAUCCUUCGACCACUGGAGUGGACGAGACAUUGAGGGAGAUAUCCUCCCAAACACCGUGAUUCGCCAUAGUCGUGGCGGGAGACUCUGACUGAACAAUCAAACUCUCUUACCAAACAUUGAAUGACCGAACAAAUCCUUUAAUCUUGCUUUGUUAUCUAUAACCGAGCAAUUAAUUACAUUGAUUUUUUUUUUAUUAUCUUUUCUGCUGAUACCCUAUUUAAAUUAGCAGACAGUCACAUUUUUUCACAGAUAAAAUUUUCUUUACAUUUAGCAAAACUUGGAGAUUCAUAAAAAGAUGGGAAUGACAGAUGAACAACUUGAAGCUUAUGAAAGGCAGGAACGCGAGGUAGGUGGACAACAAUUUGUUGUUGAAAACAAUCGUCUCCACUGUAGUCAACGUAGUUAAAUUUUGAAUGCCCUAACAUGUAUUUUGGCUUUCCACAAGACUGUCAUUGAAGAAGCUCUUAAAGAGUAUGUUUCUUAUUCACAGAACAAGUAUCGUGACAGAGCAAAGGAGAGGAGAGAAAAGUACGGUCAACCAGAAGCCCAGAAAAUAAGAUUACCUUCCAAACGAAGGGGUGGACCUGCCGCCAUGUAAGUGUAACAGUAAUAUUUAUGUAGCUUAGUUGGGUCGUCAUCCAAGGUGUGGUCCAAUCGCAUUAGUGAAGGAUGGAUAUUGAUAGUAGAGAGAUGAGGAUGACAGAUUCAACGAACAUAAUUGUUAAAGGGUUGAUUGUACAGUUUCUAAGCUAUUGGUUGUUAUAUAUAGUGUAACUUGGCCUGAAUAUCGAGCAGAUAUCUCACGCUGAGUACUGCAACAAACGCCAACAUAAACUUUAGGAAUGGGGCAAUUGAAGGGUGUGCACCGCAGCAGACCGUUAACACGAAGACUCCGCAAUCGAUACGAUAUCUGAGUAAAAAGAAUACCCAACGUAUCUCACAAAAACACCUUUGCUCACAUUUUGGCAAAUGUUGUAGGAACAAGAUAUUUCCUUGGAACAAUCACCUUUGGUUUGAGCUACCCAUGAGUCAACCACUUUUUAUAAACAGCUAUAAAGGCUGUCAGGCUGUCAACACGCACUUUACUCAGUCAUGAUUAAGUAUUAAUUUCUCCUUAAUUACAGGACCUACCAACAAGCUCCCGUGGAGCGAAUUGGCGACGAAAAUAUCGGCAACCAGAUGUUGAAGGUAAUUUCUGAGAGCACUUCUCUAUGAUUUUCAAUGCAUACUAACUAAAAAUAAUGGCGCAUGUUUUCUUCUGCUUCGACGUCGUUUUGGUAGAGGGCCGCUAUCGCAAGCCAAGAAAUACCAAACCAAACAAUUGAGUGAAAGAUUUAUGCUAUAAUUUGCCAGUUUCACAACGGAGGACAGGCUUGUUUGUUUGCUUUGUUUGUUAGAAUAGAUAGAUGUCUACGAAUGCAUUUUAAGUCAUUUGCCAUGUUAUAGGCUAUGGGCUGGACAGAGGGGAGUGGCUUGGGAAGAGAAGGUCAAGGCAUUGUUGAUCCCAUUGAGGUAAGUGGUGCACAUCUUCUUUUUGAUGAAGGGGCUCAGACAUAAAAACAAUUACUUACUUUUUGGAGUUGAAUUAUUAGAAACAAGACACGCGAAGAUUCCGUUUGUAAACUGCAGUGAAGUGCGCGAAAAGUGUUCCAAAAACUUCACGUUACCUCACAAAAGAAAUGAGAUGUGAGAAAACUACUUUCAAUUGUUAAAUUUAACUCUGAGCUUACUUUAAAAGGUGUGGUUUGUUAAGAUUUUAAGACUCUUGGCUUGAAGUAUUCUUCUAGUGAAAGACCGAGGGGACGUAGAAAAUGGCGGAAAAGUGGUAGUCAUGUGUUACAUAUCAGCUUAGGUUGAUUUUAAGUAUGUCCUUGUUAGGAAUAACGUUAAACCUCAAACAUAAGCGUUUUUGUGCGUGGCGAUAUUUAAAUGAGGACAGGGCUAAACUCUAAAGCCGAUACCAGUGUCUUUCUGAAGGCAUACUAGUCUUGUAACUUGUAUCUGUGGGACCAGGCUGGCCAUGGUAUUUCCCGCGCGUGCAUGGACCAAUUGCGCACUUAUUUCCUCUUACAUCGCUCAUUUCAGGCUCGAAUGCGAAGCCAAAAUGCCGGCCUAGGGUUAAAAGGAAGCAGUUAUGGCGCCUCUUCGUCUGACAGCUACAAAGACAAGCUCAAAAAGCUGGUAUGUAUAAAUAGUGUAUUUAUUCACAAUUUUUAUGUUUGUUCUUUUAAGUUAUAACUUGAAAAAAGAUCUGCUGACAAUGGAAAACUGUUUUCGGAUGAAGGCCUUGGCAGCUUUUCACUGAGUUUUACCAAAAAGUUGUAGGUGGGGGUUCAGAGCUACAUAAAUUAUCGAAGAUUUAAGGGGUGGCUCCGAAAGUUCAGUGAUGAUUUUAUAUAAGCUUGAAAUCACUACUCAUGCAAUUGCAAAAGCCGAUUACGACCGGUACUGUAGCUGAAAAACAGACUUGAGCUAAAGCAAAGUUUGUUACUCUUCAUGACAACAGCUACAUAAAAUAAAUCAUAUGUAUGUAUAUAAAUGAAAGUUAAGUAAAUGUUUGUGCGAUUGUGACGAUCACGUCUACCUAUUCUUUUGUUUGUGUUGUUCUUUACAGGCGAGGUCACGAUUUCAGGAUGCGUAGCAACUUGAUGAAAAGCCUGGACGGAAUUUGUACAUAAAUUGAUCUCUAUUUCCCCGCUCCUUUUAUAUGUUUAAAAUUCUGACAGUCCAGAAAACCCUCCUUGUCACAGGGUAUCGAGUACCGUGCACGUGAGGCAAAGAAACGAAAUUUCUUUGCUUAUCCUUUCUGUGUCUGUCAAAAAA